UUGAGAAGCAGUAGUGGGGAUGUAGUGUAAGAGGGAAGGUUUAGCUCGGUCGCAAGAGGUCGCUUCGGAGGUUGGUAUGAGCCCGCCCACUAGAACUGUGGCAUAGGGCCGAUUGGUCGAGAGAAAUGAUGGCAGGCGCGCGUGCCAAUCGAUAGCCGUCGGUAGACUCGCUCCUUUGGCUAUGGUCGCGUCGAUCCUGCCAGAGUGGGGGUAUCCUCGUAGACUGGAGGGAGCGAAGGAGCGAAGGGGUCGAGGGACGGACCGAGUUGGUCAGAGGUGGGGGGUGAGAAAGAGGAGUAGUGGAGGUAACAGCAGCCGCCUCGGCAGGAAGUGAGCCCCGAGUGUUAGAGCCCAAGGCGAAACCCACGAAUGCUCAGACGGUUCUGUCCUUUCGUGGAGAGUGGAGGUCGGCUUCUUCUUUUCUUGUGUUAAUCUACGACGUGUGAGACACUAAAGAAAAAACGCGUGCCAAGCGUGUGCACGCGCUCAUACGCAUCAUACACGGAUACGGAUACGUACUCUAUACAUAUUGAAAGAAAGAGAGAGAGAGAGAGAGAGAGAGAGAGAUAGAUAGAUAGACAGAGGAGAAAGAGGGAGGGAGAGGAGAAGAGAAGAGAAGAGAAGAGAAGAGAAGAGAAGAGAAGAGAAGAGAAGAGAAGAGAAGGAAGAGAAGAGAAAGAUCGAGCUUUCGUGUUGAUGGUGAUCAUCGUCUGUGACUAGUAAGAGAGCCUUCCGUAUCAAGGUGUCAACAACGCGUCGUUGUUGUCCUCUGUUCUUCUCUUCUGUGGCGUCGUCGAGUACGAGGACCGCCGGCGACGUGUCUCCUUGUGGUGUUCCUUCAGUGACAUUUACGUAGUGAGAAUCUCUCUUAAUAUACGAGAACAAUAACGAACGAUACUAGACUUUGAAGAAGAGGAAGAAGAAGAAGUUUAAAGAAAGAGAAGAAAAAGGAAAGAACAACAACAAUUUUAAGGAAUGAGUAAUGCGCGCGGGUUGAUUCUACGUGCUAAGAGUGCGCGAAGUUUGUGAGGGAUUGUGAUUUUUGUCGAGAAAGAAACACUUAUAUCGGAUCAUUCAUAUUUUCAAUAUCGUUAUGAAAAGGAAAACGGACUAAGUGAAAUUCGGCUUCGAGGAGAGAAAAGCGAGAGGAAGGAAAAGAGAAAGCGAGAGGGAGAGAGAGAGAGAAAAGGAAAGAAAAGAAGAAAAAAAAAAGAGCGAGUAGUGACCGGACGCGCUACGGCUGAAGAAAAUCGAGGAGCGGCGCGCAGUGGUGCGCGAGAUCUCAUCGGCGGCGUGUGUCUCGUCGAGGCUCUUUCUUUGACGUAGCACGGUUAAAGAAAACGGCGGCAAACUGUACGGCCACAGGGAGGACGACAUGCUCACGAUGGAGACGGACCUAAAAGGCGGUAGCCUGCAUGGUCAGAUGCCACCGCAUCCGCACCAAGGUGUAUCGCCGAUGGGUCACCAUACCGGCGUGUCGCCUUACGGAACAUUAGGUUCCAUAGUUCAUAGUCCAGCUCUGUCUGGAAGUCCACCUAGCAGUAGUACCCUAGGAUUAGGUCUACAGCAUCAUCAUCAACCUCAGCACCAUUAUGCUUCGAUGCAGGCUGCGGCUGCUGCGGCCCAACAGCAGCAGCAGCAGCAACAACAGCAGCAACAACAACAACAACAGCAACAACAAAACAUGCAUACUCUUGCGGCUCAGCAAAGCGCUGCGCAACAGCAACAUCAUCCCCAUCAGCAACCGCAGCAACAACAGCAACAGCAAUCGCAAAACCAACAUCAUCAGCCACCAAAUAACAACAAUAAUACGAAUAAGAACAAUAACAUAGACCGAGUGAAGAGGCCGAUGAACGCUUUCAUGGUAUGGUCCCGCGGUCAACGGCGUAAGAUGGCUCAAGAGAAUCCGAAGAUGCAUAACUCUGAAAUUUCUAAACGCUUGGGAGCGGAAUGGAAAUUACUCAGCGAAACAGAAAAACGCCCGUUUAUCGACGAAGCGAAACGAUUGCGCGCGGUGCACAUGAAAGAGCACCCGGAUUACAAGUACCGACCAAGAAGAAAAACGAAAACGCUUUUGAAGAAAGACAAGUUCCCGCUCGGCGGCGGUGUCGGAGGAGUUGGAGUCGGCGUUGGUGUCGGUGGCAUAUUAGGCGUCGAUCAAAGACAAGUUGGUAGUACGGGUGGACCUCAGCAAGGGCAGAUAUCCCGCGAGGUAUAUCAGAUGCCCAACGGAUAUAUGCCGAAUGGUUAUAUGAUGCACGAUCCGACGGCCGCUGCGUAUCAGCAGCACGUUGCUUAUGGUGGUCACAUGGGUGGAGCGGCGGCAGCCGCGGCCGCUGCUGGAUAUCCAAGAUAUGAUAUGGGACAUCACAUGGGUGGUGGCAGUCCACCAAUAAACAGUUAUAUGAAUGGAUAUGGUGGUUACGCUGGAACCACCGUACCCGGCGGCUCACCCUCGCCGUAUCAUCAGCCUCAAUCUGGAUCCCAAAUGUCUAGCCACAGUCCUAGCGGCAGUAGUAUAAAAUCUGAGCCAACGAGUCCUGCGAGUGCGGGUAUACAUACUCCCACACCUACCAGCGGACCGGGCGCCUCGAGCGCAGCGUCUGGUCCGCAACAGCAGCAACAGGCGCAACAACAACAAGCUGCUGCUGCUGCUGCCGUUAAACGUGAAUAUAUGGGCCAACAAACCCAUCAAACUCAUCAAUCUCAGGGAGAUCUUAGACAGAUGAUAUCCAUGUAUUUGCCGCAAGGAGUCGACCAGGGGGUCGUCCAACAUGGUGCUGGUGUCUACUCCCCUGGUCCAUCACCGGAUCCUUUGGCGCAACAUCACUCGAUACCACCGCUCAGUCAUAUGUCUGAAAGUGAUCGAAAAAUGUUGAACCCAGAAACCGGUUGUUAUUCGGAAUCCGUGCGAGCAUGGGAUUGGAACGCGACGGGCAACGUGCGCGUACAAGAGUCCUGGCCGACGUGAGCGGAUUUCGCCGCGGCUAACUCAAACUUCUCCAACGACGAAGGAUCAGGAUCCUUGAUUGUUUCGCGCCUCACGGUAUCAAUGUACGGAGGAGACUUACAGGAUGCCCGUGGACUAUUAUAGUGCCAGAUCGACUUCGUCCAGGAGAUACUUCGUUAACGAUUAAGAUACCUUCGACAAGUCCUGAAAAGGUGGUGUGGGUGCGUGCGUGUGUGCGUGCGUGCGUGCGUGUUUACGCGUGUGUGCAUGCGUGCGCGUGUGCGUUUGAUAAAAUGGACGAUAUAAUUAACGUAUAUACGGUGUAUAACGUACCUCGGGUGAUUCGAUUUAAUAGAUUAUAUAUAAACGAUGUAAAUAUCGGUGUGCAAUAAGUCGACACUUCCUCGUUUAUGAUAGGCGAGAAAGUCCUUGUUAUUAUCACCGUUACGGUUAGCAUUACGAACCAUUAUCGUUACGGAGCAUCGCUUAUCAUUAUCGUAUCUGCCGUGAGAGGAGGAACUCGUUGAAUUAUUCAUGCGGCGUUUAUGACGGAAUCUUUUUUCUUCUUUUUUUUUUUUCUUUUUUUCUUUUUGUUAGACUAAAAGUGUGAAAGAGAGAGAGAGAGAGAGAGAGAGAGAGAGAGAGAGAAUGAAAUAGAGAGUAUAUGAGAGAAUAAGAGAGGGAGAGGUACGUACAGCGAAUGAGAGGGUCGCGCGAGUCUCGGGUAACCGUUCGCGCGCUUCGUUAUAAAUCAUCGCAUGACGUAUGUACAUACGUUAAGGAGCCAACUCAGAUUUUCUUUCGUUCUUUUUUUUUUUUUCUUUUUUCUUUAUUUUUUUUCUUCCUCGAGCUCCUUCACUCGCGAAAGAAGAAUCCUUUGCAUAUCGAAGAGCGAUGCGACGAUUCCGAGAAGACCGGAAAAGACACAUAUAUACAUGCAUAUAUAUAUAUAUAUGUAUGUAUGUAUGUAUGCGUUCAUAACCAUUCAACAUGAAAACACAGAAACACACAUUAUAGCGUCUUCGUGUUAACCUGUAUAUUUCUUCUGUAAAUAAAUUAUUCGUGAUAAUCGCUGCGAGUGAUGCGACACAUAUUUUAAUUAUCGUUUGAUUAUUACCAAACCGAGUUAGUAUCCUCGGCUUAGGGAUCGACACGACUGUCUUACAAUCGAUAUAGAUUUAUGAUUAUUAAGUAAAAUAUUAAUGUAGUAAGAUUAGUAGUACAUGCUCGUUGAUUUAUCGUGAAACGUUUCGUUGUAAGCCGAUCUUUCGAGAUAAAUCGUAGGAGAUAAGCGAGUAUCGAUUUUACACGAAGGAGGAGAUCGAUUUAAAUGAACGAGCUACGCGAUAAGGUAUGUUACAUAAAAGAUUCCGGGAGAGAGGAGAACCCGAAGAAUCGAUCCUACAGCAGCAUGAAAACGAAAAUAGUCGCCGAACGUAACGGUCAACAUCAGAAACAUACAUUUUCGAUCUAAAAUAUGAGUUAAAAGGAGUCAACAAUUAGGGAGCGAGCGAACUUAAAUAAAUUUUUACCUCUCUUGCGAAAGGACGUUCGUGUCGUUCAACAAUUCGCACGUUUGAUCGCAAUAAAGGCCGUGCAAAGGAAACAAUA